AGGCACGCCAAGGGCAGCCUCCGCGGGGUCCUCGUGGCCAGCCAAGAUGGCGGCCCCCGCGGGGAAGGCUGCGGGAGGGUGGCCGAUCCUGGCGCUGAGCCUGCGGAGUGCUGUCCCGCGGCUUCCAGGGCUAACCCAGGUGAGGUGGAGCCGCUAUGGUCCCGAAUACAAGGAUCCACGGACUGACAAGGAGUAUUACCGUAAGCCGGUGGCAGAGUUGACGGAGGAAGAGAAGUAUGAACAGGAACUCAGGAAGACUCAGCUUAUCAAAGCUGCUCCAGCAGCGAAAACAAGCUCUGUGUUUGAAGACCCCGUGAUCAGUAAAUUCACCAACAUGAUGAUGAAAGGAGGAAACAAAGUACUGGCCAGAUCCCUCAUGAUGCAGACUCUUGAAGCUGUGAAAAGGAAGCAGUUUGAGAAGUACCAUGCUGCUUCUGCAGAGGAACAGGCCACCAUUGAACGCAACCCCUAUGUCAUCUUCCACCAAGCACUGCAAAACUGUGAGCCCGUGAUAGGGCUGGUACCCAUCCUCAGAGGGGGCCAUUUUUAUCAGGUCCCUGUGCCACUUGCUGAUCGGCGUCGUCGCUUCUUGGCCAUGAAGUGGAUGAUUAAGGAGUGCAGGGAGAAGAAGCACCGGCGGAUGCUGAUGCCGGAGAAGUUGUCACACGAGCUGCUGGAGGCUUUUCACAACCAGGGCCCUGUGAUCAAGAGGAAGCAUGACAUGCACAAGAUGGCUGAGGCCAACCGUGCCCUGGCUCACUACCGCUGGUGGUAGAGGCGCUCCACUGCAAGAAAUAAUGGGAGCCACUAUCCCAGUGAAAAUCACCUGCUGGCUAAGUAGUUCCUUUUUAAGGGCAGGCCAGCCUAAGGGUGGAAUAAUGUAUUUAUGCCUGUUAGUCCUUUGUUUGGGGGGCUGGACGUGCCAUUCCUGCUCUAUCUCCUCACAAAGAGGAGACAUCAAUCUGGAUUUCCCCCAGGAACUUAGGGCCUAUCCAGCUUCUCUCUCUCUCAAUUCAGGGUAGAACUUGGAAUGAUAGGAAAGGAAGCAGUUUUAAUAUUAGAAACGAUUUAUUAGAAAAUUCUCGCCCUGAACUGGUGUAGCAUGUGAUAUAGAAACUGCCAUUUACUAAAAUUGACUGGAAAUACA